CUUGGGCCAGACCUCUGGGCUAGGGAUCAAGUCAGAAGACCUAGUCUGAGACCUGGGCCUUGCCAACUUGCCCUUUGGGACAGAUCACUUCUUUUCUGGUCUCAGUUUCCUCAUCUGUAAAACAAGAGUAUUUGACUACUUUGGCAGUUUUCAGAGUUUUCCUCGGAAGCUUUGGGGGCUGUCAGAGCUGGUGCUGACCAGGCAGCCCUUUGGCCUCACCCCCGACCUUCAGCCAGAACAGCCUGCUCUGUUUCUGGGCAUGUUGACUAUUGAUGAGAUGCCCGAGGCCACCGUGAAAUCCACAGCCAACAAGUACCAAGUCUUUUUCUUCGGGACCCACGAGACGGCAUUCCUGGGCCCCAAAGACCUCUUCCCUUAUGAGGAGUCCAAGGAGAAGUUUGGCAAGCCUAACAAGAGGAAAGGGUUCAGCGAGGGGCUGUGGGAGAUCGAGAACAACCCUACUGUCAAGGCCUCCGGCUACCAGUCCUCUCAGAAAAAGAGCUGCUCGGAAGAACCAGAGCCAGAGCCUGAAGCCACAGAGGGGGACAGUGACAAGAAGGGGAACGCCGAGGGCAGCAGCGAUGAGGAGGGGAAGCUGGUCAUCGACGAGCCGGCCAAGGAGAAGAAUGAGAAGGGGCCCCUGAAGAGGAGAGCAGGGGACCUGCUGGAGGACUCCCCUAAACGUCCCAAGGAGGCAGAAGACCCGGAAGGGGAGAAGGAGGCAGCCACCUUGGAGGGUGAGAGGCCCAUCCCCACAGAGGGCGAGAAGAACAGCACCCCCUCUGAGCCCAUCUCCAGCCGAGGCCCUCCUCCUGAGGAAGAGGAGGAGGAAGAGGAGGAGGAGGAGGAGGAAGAGGAGGAAGAGGAGGAGGAGGCCACCAAGGAAGAUGCUGAGGCCCCGGGCAUCAGAGAUCAUGAGAGCCUGUAGCCACCAAUGUUUCAAGAGGAGCCCCGCCCCGUUCCUGCUGCUGUCUGGGUGCUACUGGGGAAACUGGCCAUGGCCUGCAAACUGGGAACCCUCUCCCACCCCACCUGCUCUCCUCCUCCACUUUUCCCCCACUGUGAGUGGCCCCUGGAGGUGGAUCUGGCCCUCAUCUCCGGGUCCCAACACCUACGGCCUGGGUCAGGGCCCUGUCCUCAGCUCCCUGGGGGACACAAGGCUGUUGUGUCUCAUGCUGCUUAAAGCUGUUUCCCAGGGCUCCUGUGGGGCCCUUGGCUGGCAGUUUCCGCUGGAUCCGCUCCUCCCAUCUCCUAGGCAUCCUGGUGGCUUUGGGUAGGUGUGGAAGGGGUGGGACGUGAACAGCAGAGUGGGCUUCGGGCUGGGGGUGUUGGGGGCCAGAGGGCAGUGUCCUGUGCUUCUGUCCCCAGCCCCACGUCUCUGCCAGCUGCCCACAUUCAGGGAAGGUGGGACAGCCUGUGGGGGAGGGGCUCUGUCCUGAAAGUCCUCCGUGAUUGACAACACCCAGUCUUUUGCCGAUGAUCCCGGGGUUCUGGGACUCUGGUUCUCAUCAAAAGAUUUCGGGGCCUCCAAGUCGUUUGGGCCGAGGCCCUGAGAUCUGCAGGGUCGGCUUCCCCGUGUGGGUCGGCGUGUUGAGCACCUGCCCCCUUUAGAUCUCUGGGGCCAGAGAUGGGACACUCUGAGGAAACUCCCAGCUACCCUGUCCCCUUUCCCGCAGCACUCAAGGCCAGCCUGCAGUUACAUACACCACCCAGACAUAGAGGAAAAGACACAUUUUUUAGGAAAUGUUUUUAAUAAAAGAAAAUUACAAAAAAAAAAUUUUAAGGCCCCCUAACCCUUUGUGUGGCCCCCGUCCUGCUCCUUCCUUCCCCAUGUCGCCCCCAUUUCUGAGGUGCACUGGGAGGCUCCCCGUCUGUGUGGGGCUUGAUGACUUUUUGUAGCUGGGGCUUUGGUGUUUCUUCCAUGUCAUUUCCUAUCCACAUACCCUACCCGGUCCGUUGGUAUUUUUGCUCGACCUGGUUUGUGACUCACUGAGGACAGAGAACGGAGUACCCUCUCCCAACCUCUCCCUAGUGGCUUCUUGCCUCUCUGUCUCUUGUCUCUUAUCCCUGCCCCUCUCCCCUGGGCUCUGAUGAAAAAUUGUUGACUGUAGCUUUGGAAGUUUAGCUCUGA